AUGGGAUGUGUGCUGUGUCAAGGACUACGGCUCAUGGCAGGCGGAGAGAUCCCUACUUUAGAAUCUCGCCUCUAUUUAGAACUAGAUAGCGAUGGCGUGGGCCUAGCUCUACACGAGAAGAACAAAGGCUCUGCCAAUCCACGUCUCAUGGUUUACACGGACGAAGAUGUGGAGGGACUCUAUGGUCGUCAUAUCCCAGUGGAUCCACAUGAUAACGCCUGCAUGGAGAUGCUGAAAGGUUGGUUCACCACGUGUGUCAAUCACCAUCGAGAGUGCCCUGCUCCCCGUGAUUCGACCCUACCUACGAGAGUAAUUGAUGUUGGUCCAUCUAAUGGCUCAGAACAGCCACGUCUGUUGCUCACAGAAGGCAAGAGAGGUCAAUGGAUUGCACUAAGCCACCGUUGGGGGACAAAUGUUUCACUGAAAACAACGUCGAAGAAUCUGGAUCAUCAUCGUCAGCUUAUCGAAUGGGACAGGCUAUCAAAAACCUUCCAGGAUGCUGUGUCGAUAACUCGAUUGCUCGGAUUUAGGUACUUGUGGAUCGAUAGUUUAUGUAUCCUUCAAGAUCGCAUGGAAGACUGGAAAAUAGAGUCGGUAAAAAUGCGUGAUGUGUACAAGAACUGCACAUUGAAUAUCGCUGCAGCACAUCCUCAAAGCGCCACGUCGGGAAUACUGGCCAAUCGCCGGCCAGUUAUCGACGAUGGAAAUCCAUACAUGGUUCCAUCUUUCGCUGGCGUGGAGUUACCAUUUACAUCUCCAGCAGGGAAGACAUUCAAGGUCAAGGUUCAAAAGUAUCCACAGCCAGGAGCCACUCAUCGCGAGUCUAGAAGCAAUUGCCUCGUGUCGCGAGGCUGGGUCAUUCAAGAGUUCUCCUUAUCCCCACGGACUGUAACCUGGACAGAGGAGCAAAUGACAUGGCAAUGUGUAAACUAUUGGGCAGAGGAAUAUGAUAGGCGCAUGUUUCAGAUGCAAACGCUGCACAUUCGGCAGCCCAGGCUAACGAAGCAGCUAAUACGUCUAGAUCCAUUUGGUGUUUCAAAUAGAGAGGUUUACGACGUGUGGUUGAUGACCUUAAAUGCAUACUUAGCGCGUUCUCUAACGUUCGAGUCGGAUGCGCUACCAGCUAUCUCAGGCGUCGCACAGGAGGUCCAGAGAAUUACAAGCGAUACUUAUUUGAUGGGCCAUUGGCAGGGCGACUUUUGCAAUGGCUUGUUAUGGUUUUUACAUAGACUACCUAGGUGUAUUAUUACGUCAAUUGCUCCAUCGUGGAGUUGGGUAUCCCGUAGGUACGAUGAUCUCGCUCCGAUAGGGUUCGAAAGUGGACGUUGGUUUGCAGUAAGCAUAGUCAAUUAUGUUUCGCAGAUUACACGGGUCAGAGAGUACGCGAAAAAUAGGAAGUAUUUUACUGAGUUCUCGUGUAGGGAAAGUAGGGAGAUCAUCAAUUCCGGCCUGCGCCUUCUCAAGCAAGAACUUCAGAUCCUGAAGAUCGAAAAUGAAGCUGCGCAUGGUUCUGACCAGAUCCGCCGUAUUCGAAUCAGCGCUCCCAUGAGGCCUUCACCGGUAGGCAUGAAUGCUGACAGGCCGACAAAAGGUGAACUAGGCGUUUGGUCAGAUAAUUGCUGGCUGGUGAGCGAGAAAAGCGCCCUAUAAUGUGCCUUGC